AGUCUUCACUCCUCGCAGGACUUGGCAACAAACCUGGCAAACCUCUCAGCACCAGCAUGGCUGCGCUACUGCCUCAUCGCGCUGGGGACCCGUACUACGGGCAUCCAUCUUUCGUAUGCUAUGGUGCGUAUGUGACAGUCGAACUCGGGCGACCAGCGCGAUACCUGCACGUGCUUUCGACUGCUCGCCGUCCUCUUGUCCAACUCGUCUUCCUCACUUUGGACCUGCUGCUCACUUGCACUCCACAGUCUCUGAUCGAUCUGCUUGCCAGUCUAGCAGGCGAUGACCUCGUAGCCAAGAGCUGGCGGGCUAGCCUUGCAGAUAUGCAUACUUAUGUUUUUUUAUAUUUUGCCUUGUUGCAAUGAGAGAUGAGGUCAGCAAUCGGCCGAUCGGCCGUGUGGCCAUCUGUGGCGACUAGCUGGGCUGUCGCAGCUCGGCCAAGCAGCCUCUGCUGUCAUCAUUUUCAAUUUAGCUUUCAAAUGUCGAAUAUCGAGCUCAAGCUGAGACCAAGCUAAGCUACAAGCAUUGACGGACUUAGUGACAGGCAGAGGCGACAGUCAAUGCACGAUCACUGUCCUCAUCUCUCAUUGCAACAUGAUGCAACAUGAUCGCAUAGAGCUUCAGCAAAGGCAAAAUAUAAAAAACAUAAGUAUGCAUAUCUGCAAGGCUAGCCCGCCAGCUCUUGGCUACGAGGUCAUCGCCCGCUAGGCUGGCAAGCAGAUCGAGCAGAGACUGUGGAGUG